AACGUUUACAAAAUGGCCUCCUGAGAAACGAAUUGUGCAAUUUGUAAAGAUAAAUUUACAAAAAUGGUUAGCAUACCAGAUUGGAACAAGAUAACUGGCUUUCAGGAGGCCAGUAGACAGAAAAAUAUCAGUUCACUUGAGAGAUAUUACAGGCAAAGAGAUGAAGAAAUUAUACGACAGGCAGAAAAACAAGGCUACUUUGUCAUACCUUCUAAAGAAUUCAUACUUAAUAAUAGUAAAACAGAAAGAAAAUGUAAAGACUUAAAUAAAUUACAGUUUAUAAAUCUAACAGGGUUACAUUUACGUAAACCUGGAGAUCUUAGUUAUUGUGUGAAUGUUACCAUCUGUAUUCUUCACAAUAAUUUCCUGACUAAAAUUGAUGGGUUAGGUGCAUGUCGACAUCUCAUUAAAUUAGAUCUUCAUGGAAAUCAGCUGGCUUAUCUGCCUGGGAUGCCAUUUUGGUCUGGAUUAAGAAAGCUAAGAAGUUUAAUUCUACAUGAUAAUCCAUUAGCCAGAUUUGAUAUACUUCAUGAUCUGAGUGUUUGUCCAAAAUUAACCAUUCUCACUCUCUAUGAUUCACCACUAUAUCUGAAAAAAAAUUAUCGUCACCAUGUCGUAAACAGUAUCUGGACCCUAAAAGCUCUUGAUAAUUACAUUAUCUCAGAUGAAGAAAUAAUUGAGGAUGCCGUUUUCGGACCAAGAUUUGCUGCCAUGGCUCCACAGUUUAGAUUAAAUUUAUGUCCACGAUUAAAAAAGAACAGUACAUACAAAGAUGAAUUAGAAGCCUUAUUUAUUACAGAAGCCAAGAUGAAUUUUCUGCUUUCUCAUUUUUCGCCAGUUUUAAUCAUACAAAGAUAUAUAAGAGGAUUCAUCACAAGACUAAGAUUGGGACAGAUAUCUAAGUAUCAUGGUUUGAAACACACAACUUCACAUACUGUGGAUGGAAUUCCUCAUCCACCUAGUUGUGCGAUCACAGUUCCUCAUGCGGCCAGUGCACAUGAAAGUAUGCCACAUUUUAACUCACUCAUAAAACUACCACAGCUCGAGUCGGAAUCACAACUAGAAGCUACUCCAAGAGUACCAAAGAAUCAAGAGAUUGGUGAUACUGACUCAAAUCUAAUUCCAAUGAACAAACAGAGAUCUGAGGAGAUGGGAUAUCUACCUAUGGUUCAAACGAUGCCAGGUACAGCGACAAACGAUUCCUCACCUAGACAAACCAAAAACAUCUUUAUUAAUCUUGCUAAAUUACACCAAGAAACAUCGCAGAUUUUACAACAUGAAAUCUCAGCCCUGGAGUUACAACGACAGUCAGAAAUGGAGGAGAGAAUGACUCAAAUAGAAUUGCGUAGGAGCAGAAGAGAUAAAAGGGAGAGAAACAAAUCACGGAAACCAAUCAAGAGCAUUAAGCAUUUUUUUGGUCCAGUCGUCACCACAACAUCUAGUCCUGUCCCAGAAUAUGCAUUUCUACCACCAGAUAUCGACGAUGAUGCUCCCAUUACACGAUAUCGUAUUUGUGGGUUUAAGCCUAGAAUAGCCAUGAUUGAUGCCACAACAGAAAUGAUUUUAGCUCGUAAGGAAGCUGGGAAUCUUGUCAGAGAUGCAGAAGCUCAACAUCACAGAAACAUGAUGGACACGCCCAAACCAAAAAUUCAUUUAAAGAAAUUACCAAAUAAUGACCAAAGAAUUUUCAAUCGUGUUCAUGGAUCAAUGGCUAUGUCUUGUUUGUUUGCUGUACAGAAGGCAUAUAAAGAGAGGGAAAAAGCUGAAAAGGCAGCGGCUAAGAUGGAACAUAUUUUAAACGUUCGUGAUGAGAAAAUUCGAGCAAAGGAGAGAAUCCAUCUCUAUCAUCAAGAGAAAAGAAAUCGAGCGUUAAAACACAAAGAUCAAGAUCAAGCUAGAAUAUUAGAAACCAUGGAGAAUAGAGAAAUUGAUCGUUUAAAUUAUAUUGAUAAAAGACAAGAUCUCAUGAGUAAAACAUCUGACAUGUCAAGAAAUCGUAGACAAGCUCUGGAAUUUAUUACUGAGUUCAACAACCAGCACACAUCUGUUUCGAAUGCUUUGAUGAAACAUGAUCGCCAAACUCGACAAGAUGAUAAAUCAGUAAACAAAUUUGAGUUUGUUCAAGGUCACAGAACUGAGGAACUAGAACAACAAGAAACAGUAAAAAAAUAUCUUGAACAUCGUCAAUUGAUGCGUCAAGGAGAAACCUCUAUGAUGAAAGAUACUCUAAAUUCACAGCUUCUUCAGGAAGCUAACGAAAGAUUGUUCCAAGCACAGCAGCGAGUUGGUCAUCUUAAAGCAAAGCGAGAUUCUAUUCAAGCUUUUUAUCCACUCCCUCCUUCUACUGUUCCAAAAGGUGUCAGCACAGCUCCAGUUGGUUUAAGCAGAUGGGAGGCAGGAGCUUUGUCAUCUGCUGGUCGAAUAGGUCGUCACCCAACAAUGGUAACUUAAAAAACUUAAUUAUUCUACAACAAAUAUUUUAAAAUGCUGUUCCCACAGGGUAAAUUUCACUUAACACUGGAAACAGAAAACCAUCUGGUACAUGUUCAUUGUUGUAUUUUACAAAUUGUGAAAAACUCAUUUAGAGAUUAUGAUGAAAUGGCCAGCACUACCUAUCACAAAUAUUGUCUGGCUUCUUACACACAAAGCAAUUAAAGAUAAAUUGUAGCACAAAUCAGAAAUUUCCUUGAUUCUGAUUGGUCGAAAAUUUGGUUGAUUGGACAAUAAACCCCCUCUAAAUUAUCAAGGCGAAUUACUGGUAUAAAUAUAACAGUGUAAUUUUUUUACCAAUAUCUUCAAGAAAUUCUGCACACAUGACUAUCACACCAAUUUCAAACUUCAUCUUUUAUGAAAACACAUUCCUGAAAUACAUAAAACAGUAGAAAAUCAGUUAUAAAUUAAUUAAAACCCUUUUCAGGUAUCCUAAAUUACAUAUUCGUAACUAGGCAGCGACAGUAUGGGCAAUUUUGUUUUCUUUUUUGGUAGACUCACCAAUGUUUAGAUGGUAUUUUUAAAUCACGCUUUGAUCAAAUUCUGACUAGCAUGAUCUGUCGCGUCUUGUGUUCUAAUAAUUCAAGCAUUGUUAAAUGAAUAACCCCCUCUAAAUACGAAACAGGAAGUGUUUAUCUGCUAAGUUAAGUUUAUUAGUAAUUUUUAUACACCCACAUUUGUUUGUAGACACUCUACAAGUCAGAAUUCUUAGCCGAUUUUGACGAAACUUGAAAUAAAGGUUUAUCUCCAAGAGAUCUCUGUUCCUUUCAAUAUUGGUAUGUAUUAGAUCAAAACUUCAUGGAUUAUUUCCCCUGAUUGUACAAAAAUUCACAUUUUUAGCUUGGGGACACUCUAGAGGUCACAGUUUUUAUCCGAUUUAAAAAAACGUUCUAAUAUAUCACUCUUACCUCAUAAUGAUAAUUGAGUUCAAAUUUUGGACCCAAUGACCACUCCUUGUACACAAAUGGUGUUAAAGUAUGUAAUACCAAGGGUAAACCCUGUAGAGGUCACAAUUUUUAUCCGAUUUUGAUGAAACUAAAAUAUGUUUAUAUCCCAAAGAUCUUGGUUACUUUCGAUAUUCGUGCAUAGGACUGUAACUUCCUGGUUUAUGGCACUGAAUGUACGAAAAAUCAUGUUCUUAGCUUCUGGACCUCAUAAUUUUUAUCCGGUUUUAAAAAACGUUUAAAUAUAUCACCCUUAAAAUAUAUGUUUAUGUCCCAAAGAUCUUGGUUAAUUUCACUAUUUGUGCAUAUCAGCCCAUAACUUCCUGGAUUGUGGCCCCUGAUUGUACGUAAAAUCGCGUUUUUAGCUUGUGGAUCCUCCAGAGGUCACAAUUUUUAUCUGAUUUAAAAAACCGUUUAAAUAUAUAUCACCGUUAAAUCAUAAAAACGGUUGAGUUUAAAUUUCAUAAAAAUCUAGAGGUAACAAUUUUUUCCGAUUUUAAUGAAACUUAAUAUAUAUUUGUAUAUCCCGAAGAUCUUGGUUCCUGUAAAUAUUCACACAUAUCGGACUGUAACUUCCUGGAUUAUGGCCCUGAUAGUACGAAAAAUCUCUUCUGUUUUUUAGCUUGUUCUCUGUCCUUCUCAGAGUUUCUCUUGCCAAAUUUGGGCGUAUCUUGCAUGGUAACUGCUGUUUUUUUAAAGAUAUAUAUUAUUUAUUUUGUUGUGUUAUGUGAUUUAAAUAUUAUGUAAUUUAUUAUUAUUAUGUGUAAUAAAUUAACUUGUUUUGAUUGUUGAUGAUUUUGUUAAUGUAUGUGAUAUACUUGAUGAUGAAGUUAAGAAUUUUGAUAAAGCAGAAAUGUGAUGUAGUUUUUAAAUGAUUUGAAAAUGUAUUAAAAUUAAAAAAACUAGAAAUUAACCAUGUUUACGUGUGUUAUAAAGAAAGCCUAGCUACAUAUGCUAAAUACUGGUACAUAUUUCAACAUGAAAUUCAUAUAAUUCACUAUUAAAUACUCAAAUAAAUUUGGGUAAUUUUAAAAUGCAUCUGUAUUUGUUCCAUUGAUUGUUGAUGAUUUUGUUAAUGUAUGUAAUAUAUUUAAUGAUGAAGUUAAGAAUUUUGAUAAAGCAGAAAUGUGAUGUCGUUUUUAAAUGAUUUGAAAAUGUAUUAAAAUUCAAAAAAAUAGAAAGUAGCCAUGUUUACGUGUGUUAUAAACAAAGCCUAGCUAUGUAUGCUAAAUACUGGUACAUAUUUCAACAUGAAAUUCAAAUAAUUCACUAUUAAAUACUCAAAUAAAUUUGGAUAAUUUUAAAAUG